AUGGCCAGAGGGAAAACUGUGGAUGUUGACAUUUACAGAGGUUAUGAUGGAGACGACAAAAUUCAAUAUUUUAAUGGAAGAAAGUGCUAUACUAGUAACAACGGAAAGGUAUUCAUCAGCCAAGUAUUUGGGGCAGGUAGUACCAACUACAAACAACUCAUACAUACUCCAGAAGACGGUAAAGUUGGAACCAUAAAGAGUCAGUAUUAUCUUCAAUUCGUAUCUCAACCAUCCAAUGAAACUAGUUUAACUGUAUUCUAUAGUAAAGAUGAUAUAAAACAUGAGACACCACUCAUUGUUCAAUUUGGUGAGAAUAAUUACUACAUUACUUCAGAUAGUACCCACUGGAGAAGUACUGGCAACAUAGGCGUAGACCAUAUAAAGAAGAAGUUAGAUGAGCAAAAUUGUAAAAGACGCGGUUAUCAUGUUAUAGACAUUUCCAAGACAGGUAAUCAACCUUAUCCUUGUCCAAGCAGUUGUAAUACUGCUACAAUUGCUGUAUCACCUCUUCAAAGAUCUGAUUAUUCGUACUAUACACAUACUAUUCAUGGUAAUAUUGGAGAAUUAAGAGAGAAUGAAAAAGAACAAACUGGAUUUAAUUUAAUUGGUAGAAUAUCCAAUGCAUAUGUCUAUUGGUCACAAUGGGAAACGAAAAAACCUCUCCUUAUAUAUUUGUCCGAUGGAAAAUGGUAUAAAAGAAAAGGUCUGGAUGAAUCUAUUUGGGAAACAGUAUCUACAAAUAGACCUGGUACUCUCUCCGACAGUACUAAUAUUUCCAAGAUUCUCAUUGAGUAUUAUUCUCCUACAGUUACAAUAAAUGUUGGAGACGGAAGGGGUCUUGAAGAUAGAGGUUCAACUACAUACAAAGAUCAGGGUUCCCUUGGAAGAGAAGAAACUAUUAAUAUCACAAGACAUGAUAUAAAACUAGAUGAAGGAAGUACUGAAUAUACUAGUUUUGUUAACUAUGUUAAUGAUAGACCUGGUUUUAAAACUAGGGAGAUUAAGCAUAAUAGUAACACACUAGAUGGUAUAAAACCAGAUUAUCCUCUCUAUGCCAUUACAGCAUACUAUUUUGGUCAAGAUCCUUCAGACGAGAAGAAGCUUCUCCUUGUUGAACUGAAAUUAAGUGGUGGUACCACAUUUAAGUACUAUCAAAAGGAUAAGAAUGGAAAUAACUGGACAGAACUUAACAGGGGUGAAAAAGGAACUGAUAGGCUACAAAAUAAAGAUCUAAAGGAUAAACUUGACGCUCUUAAGAGGGAGCACGUCUCUGAUCCACCUGCAUCUGGACCUUCUGCAGGAGCUAAAGCAGGUUAUAGUACUGCAGGUGUAAUGACUCCAUUGGCCACCGCUGAAGCAGUAAACUAUACACUUGACACUGGAUGGAGUAUAAUUAGAAGGGUACUUGCAAUAUUCACUGCUGUUGUAUAG